CGUGCUGCACGUAGCCUACAACCAGAAGGUUACGAGGAGGUUAUUUCGACUCUGGCUGCAGCAGGAUUCAUUCAAUCUCGGAAAGCGAACCAUCUCCUCCCGGAGCAGAAAAAAAAAAAGAAGCGAGUGGUUUUGCAGGCUAAACGGUUUGCACGGGCCUUUUGUUUUCUGCGUUUCUGCUCCAUCAAGGACAGGAGAGCCAGAUCCGUACCGGGAUCCAUGACAGACGCUUUGGAGAGGAUAUCGCUUCAGUAUCACGGUAGGCCAUGAUGGUGAUAAAUCCACAGAUGGAGACUGAGCGUGGGUUCUGCAGGGGUUCAGCGAUGGAUGCCGGGAGGCUCGAGCAGCAGGUGGCCAGUGUGGAGAGAGGCAUUGCCUUCCUGAAGCAGGAGCACCUGGCCAUGCUGACCGGCCUGCAGCUGGAGAUCACACACCUGAGAAGGCGCUGUCACGAGCUGAGCUGUGAGCUGGACUCCAGGUUUCCCGACAGAAACACAGCAGAGGAGGAAGCAGAACUGGCGGCGCGUUGCGAUGCUGCAGAGCGACUCCUACAGGAACAGCACUGCAUGAUGGUUGCUGCACGGGGGGAGCUGCGGGCCAGCCGGGCACGGGCAUCAGCACUCGGAAGGAGCCUCAGGGAGGAAGAGCGACGUUUUCUGGAGGAGCUGAAGCGCCGAAGCCACAAGAUCACACUGCUGAGUCGUGAGCUUCAGCGCCAAAAUGUCACCACCACGACCCUCUGCCACGAGCUUCACAGCGCACGCUUAAAACUGUUCCAGCAGCAGCAGCAGCAGAGCAGUGGGUCUGCUGCUGAGAGAGAGGAGGAGGAGGCCAGAGGAAAGGAAGACGAAGAGGAAGAAGAUGAAGAUGAGGAGGAUGAAGAUGGUGAAGGGGAGAGCUCGGACUGGCUCCUGUCUCCUCCUCCUCCGGCCUCUCCCAGCCAGUCAGAGGAGAGACACAGGAUUCGUGUCAGCAUAAGAGAGGAGAGGGUCAGAGCUUGCGUCCCGCAGGAGAGAGUGACAUCGCCACAGCAGCCACACCCCAUGCCUGACCCCGCCCUCUUCCUGGUGCCCCUUAGGUACCGCCUCCUCCGCAUGCACCAGCCAGUCAGAUCACAGGAUGGAGAAGGACUAGAGGAUGAAUGGGAGGACAUUGAGGACAGUAGGAUGCCCGGGAGGGUGGACAUGGGAGCAGGAGAGGGAGAAACUGCUCUGUGAUGAAGAUGGGGAGGUGAAGUCGUCUUCCAGGAGGUCUCAGCAAACAUCUGAUGCAGUUAUUCUAGAAAAAGAGAUGAGAGCAAUGUUACCUUGUGAUUGUGUGUAGAUUUCAGGAAGUGAGUCAGAUAUUUAGAGUUUAGUUACACAGGAGUGCGCGAUCCAAACUGCACGUAGACGUAUUAGGUGAAUAUGUCACAUUGAUGGUUCAGUACGUAGUCUGAAAGUGUGAAGAAACGGGGCCAAAAAAAAGGGGAGAAGAUUAGUGGCUUCAUAUGGAUGCCUUUUGAUUUUAACACUGUUGAUCACAGCUUUUGCCUAUAAUUAGUAGCCUUGCCUCUGGGUUCAUGAACACCAUGCCGAUCAAGUGGCAGUCUGUUUUCUCACUGCACAAGCUGUACUGCAGGUUUGGGGAGUCACUCUAAAAGGCUUAGGGACAUUUUGUAAUCAUUUGCACUUUAUUAAA